AUGAAAGUCCCGCUAGUCCACAAAAAGGCCAAAACAGGCUGUAAGACUUGCAAAAUCCGCCGGGUCAAAUGUGACGAAGGUCGACCAGCUUGCCGACGCUGUGUAUCAACCAGCCGAGUCUGCGACGGCUAUGGCAUCUGGGGGGGAGGUGGAAGCCCCUACGGGCAGCCACAGAGCAACCGGGCUCUAUCAACCUACUGCACACCGGUCCCAGUUGGCAACCUCAGCUACGAGGAACAGCUGUGCUUUGACUGGAUGAUCAAACGAACCGCAAGAAAGUUCGCCGGUUUAUUUCCAUCGGAAUUCUGGGAGACCUUGAUUUUUCAAUCUAGCGCACAGGAACCCGCCGUGCGUCAUGCUGUCAUUGCCUUGGCGUCUACGCAUCGUGUCCAGCAGCGAUAUGCCCCCGCGCGGGAUAAAUAUGACGAGGAGUGUUUCACUCUUCAGCAAUAUAACAAGGCAAUUCAACACCUACGCACCAAUACAACCCACAGUAGCUACUCUCUACGAGUAGCGCUGAUUACGUGCAUGCUCUUUAUCACCCUAGAAUACAUGCGCGGGCAGUAUCAGAUGGGGAGUGCACAUCUCCAAUAUGGCAUGAAGCUCCUCUUCGGUAUAUCCGCACCACGUCACCCCUCAUCCAUGGUGCCGAUCGUUCUGUCUCCUGAAGAAGACUUCGCCUAUAACGCCCUAGUCGAUGCCUAUGUCCGGCUCGGCAUUCAAUCAGCCAUAUUCGGCCACGUGCCUUCACACGUGUAUCUUGUAACAAAAGACCCACAAAUCACCAGUCCUCCUCAUACAUUCACCUCACUCCUAGAAGCAAGACGCAGCCUAGACGACCUCUUGAACAGAGUUCACUGUCUAAAGAGUCAUUACCACAACCACCACGCAUCCCAGACACCAACCAACACCCAAGAAAUGGUCAAUACACAAAGCGUAAUCCUUGCAGACCUAUCCCUCUGGCAUAAAACAUACACUCUCUCACUUGCACGCCUCGAAACCACCAAGAUAUCGGGAAAAGAUCAAACCGGCUACCUUCUCUUACGGGUGCACCACGAAAUGGCCACAAUAAUGGCCUCAGUCUGCCUCUCACCAGAAGAAACCGAAUCUGAGCUGAUCUUUGACACCUACACCGAGAACUUCAUCAAUAUAAUGUCCGGCUUCCUCGAUUUAUGGAAAUUGUGGGCAGCAGUAACCUUCAGCGAAAAGGAUCUCUCUAAGUUAGCCACCGCCCCGGACGACCUGAAAGCCAUCUUUCAGAACUUCAAGACGAUGUCCGACAUGGAUGUGAUCCUGGAGGCUUCUCUACUAGAACUUCUCGAAAAAGCCCCUAUAGUCAACCACUACCUGCAGUCACCGGACUGUGGUAAGAACGGGUUCACGGUUGAGAUGGGGUAUAUCCCGCCUAUAUACUACACAGCUCUUAAGUGCCGUGUUCCACGGAUUCGGCGGCAAGCUGUGAGGGCGUUGAGGACUGCGCCGCAUCGAGAGGGGGUGUGGAAUGGUUCGAUUCUGGCUGAUGUUUUGGAGGAGAUUAUCAGGAUUGAAGAGGGGGAUUUUUAUGCAAGCGAUGUCUGUAUCAAUUCAUCUGUGGGGCAUAUCCUGCCUGGGGAUGAGGAUUUGCUUGUGCCGAAAGUGCCGGCCGAAGCGAGGGUUUCCGAUGUUAGGGUUCUUCUGCCGGAUGAAGUUAAGGGGCAUACUUGUGUUAGUUAUCGGAGGAGAGUUGGGAGUAAGUGGGUGACUUUUAAGCAGAAGAUUGGUACAUAG